AACAACUGUAGCGUCCAAAGGGAGGAUGCUUCCCCGAAUGGAGCAGUUGGAGAAUACCAAGUAGAUAGGGACUUAAGGAACGAGGAUUUGAUUCCGGAACAUCCGGUUGAAGCUGACGAAGAUUCGGAUAAGGAGAACCAAUCGCCGAAUCUUCCCCCCACUCCAAGACCCAUCGGAAAUUGUGAGCAAGGAACUGAAGUUGGUAAAGACGAAGCUGACCAGUUUUCGGACGAAGAAGUUGAGAAGAACGAAACCAACAGCAGCGACAACGAGUCGGAAAGGGAUGCUCGCAAUUAUAGAGAUCGUUUAAGUGCUUCUAAUAGUGAGGACGAGCAGCUUCACCAAGAAUAUUCUACUUCACCAAGCGGAAGAACCAUCGGAAAUUGUGAGCAAGGAUCUGAAGUUGGUGAAGAUACUCUAAAUCCCGACGAAGCUGACCAGUUUUCGGACGAAGAAGUUGAGAAGAACGAAGACAACAGCAGCGGCAACGAGUCGGAAAGGGAUGCUCGCAAUUAUAGAUCAGAUCGUUUAAGUGCUUCUAAUAGCGAGGAAGAACAGCUCCACCAAGAAUAUUCUACUUCACCAAGAGAAAGAACAACGGAAUAUGCAGAAUCUGACUUGAAUCACGGCAAUCGCGAGUACCAGGACUCAAAUCACGCGUAUCAGGACUUGAAUCGCGAGUACCAGCUCUUGAUUCGCGAGUACCAGCUCUUGAUUCGCGAGUACCAGUACUUGAAUGGCGAGUGCCAUGAUUUGCAUUACGAGUUCCAGGUUUCAAACCAAGAGUGCCAGGACUUAAAUCCCGAGUCCUAUGAAUCAAAUCAAGAGUGGCUGACUGACUUUAAUCUAGAGUACGAUUACUUUAGUCGCAAGUACCAGGCCUUGAAUUGCGAGUACCAAGACAUAGAUCGCGAGUACCAGGCCUUGAAUCACGGAUACCAGGAGUUUAAUCACGGCAAUCAGGACUCAAGUGACGAGUACCAGGACUCAAAUCACAGCAACCAAGACUCAAAUAACGAGUACCAGGAGUUGAAUCACGGCAACCAAGACUCAAAUGACGAGUACCAGGAUUCAAACCACGAGUAUCAGGACUUAAAUCGUGAGUACCAGGUCUUGAAUCACGAGUACCAGCUUUUGAUUCGCGAGUACUUGGAAUUGAAUCGCGAGUACCAGUACUUGGAUGGCGAGUACCAGAAAUUGCAUCACGAGUACCAGGUUUCAAACCAAGAGUGUCAGGACUUGAAUCCCGGGCACCAGGAGUUUAAUCACGGCAAUCGGGACUCAAGUGACGAGUACCAGGAGUUGAAUCACGGCAACCAAGACUCAAAUGACGAGUACCAGGAUUCAAAUGACGAGUACCAGGACUUGAAUCAGGAGUACCACGGCUCAAAUUACGAGAACCGAGUCUUGAAUCACGAGUACCAGGACUCAAAUCACGAGUACCAGGAUUUCAAUCAGGAGUACCACGACUCAAAUCACAGCAACCAAGACUCAAAUAACGAGUACCAGGAGUUGAAUCACGGCAACCAAGACUCAAAUGACGAGUACCAGGAUUCAAAUCACGAGUACCAGGACUUGAAUCAGGAGUACCACGACUCAAAUCAUGUGAACCGAGUCUUGAAUCACGAGAACCGAGUCUUGAAUCACGAGUAUCAGGUCUUGAAUCGAGAGCACCAGUAUCCAGAAUCUGAUGGGGGAGAGGCCGCUAGAGAAAGGCACUUUUAUAUCCUUUUACGAGCCUACGCUACUCAGGUAUUUCUCUCUAAUUUAAGAGAAUCUGAAUCUGAAAACUUCGAUCGUCCCUUUAAUGCAACCAAUCGGCCAAUCGAUCGCCCAAUUCCAAUACCGGAGUCACCUUUACCGCCACCUUCGCCGGAGAGACAACACUCUGAAGGCGAGUCGCAAGCUUCAGAUGAGGGAUCUUCUUCGGACUCUGACUACUUAAUCGAUCCAGUUACUGGGUGGCUAUCGCGCCGACGAGAAACUUCUUCCGAAAGCGAGGAAGAAAGCGACCACAUCCAAAAGGAGUCGUCGUCAGGUGAAAGUGUAGACAAACAGGAAGAUAGCGACGACGACGAACAGCAGUCGCCGGCUGAACACACUUUUUCUGAUAGACGCGAUCAUUCGCUAGACAAGCAACAUAAUAAGCGAAAAUCGUCACACCCUGGGAAUUCUUAUUCGAAGAGACCAUUUUUGGACGGUGACGAAGAACAGACACGUUUGCAUUUAUCGUCUCUGGGAAGUCGCAGACCAGUUCCACAUGAUACAUCAGAAUAUGAGAAUAAAAAACCCAUAAAGCGUAAAUUGCCUUCUGAUAGUACGGACUCUAAAAAAUUUAAACCAAACUUGCAAAGUGAGGAAGACAUAUCUGAGGAAGAACGUGAAGAUACGGAAGGCGAAUACUCUGACAAAGAAAACUCAGAUAGAUCAAGAGAUACAGAUCCAGAUUCAGAUUCCGAAUCAGAAGGAGGCCACGGAGCUUCAAAAUCUGAGGAAUCUGAUCAGGAUCCAGCUUCUGAAGGCGAAGCCGAUCAAGAUCCAUCUCCUGAAGGCGGAGCCGAUCAAGAUCCAUCUUCUGAAGGCGGAGCCGAUCAAGAUCCAUCUUCUGAAGGCGGAGCCGAUCAAGAUUCAUCUCCUGAAGGCGGAGCCGAUCAAGAUUCAUCUCCUGAAGGCGGAGCCGAUCAAGAUCCAGCUCCUGAAGGCGGAGGCUAUCGGGAUCCAGCUCCUUAUUACGACGAUAAAACUUUUGAUUCUGAGGAGGAGGAUUUCAAACCAUCUAUAUUCUCAAAGGAAAGGGAGAUCUUGAAAUGUUUAACAAAUCCUUUAGGGGAUGAUACAUCUAGUUUGAAACUUAGCAUACAGCUCUAUAAGGUAUUUGUAGCUUAUAAACUGGAAGACGUAUACAGCAGUCUUGAUGAGAAGAAGCAACCAGAACAGGACCAGCAACUGAAGCAGCCAGAGCAACAGCAGCAGCCACACUUGCAACAGAAACGGCAAAUAAAAUAUCAAAAGUUGCAACUGGUAAUCUUCUGGCAACAGGAGCAAAUCAUUCUACAUGAGCAUCUAAAACAUUUUUCCGAGGAACCACAGUUGCAACAGGAGACUCUCUUCCCACAGGAUCAACAGGAGAAACAGUUUCAACAGGAGCAACUCUUGCAACCGUUGCAACAGGAACAACAGUGGCAACAGGAGAAACAGUUGCAACAGGAUAAAGUCUUUCUACAGGAGCAACAGUUGCAAGUGGUGCAAGAACUGGAGGAACAGCGAGAACGGAAUCGCCACCUCUUUGAGCAACAGAAACAGUUUGUCCAAGAAAAAGUGCGCCAACAGAAGGAGCAGCACCGUUGUCAGCAAAAUCAGGUCAACCUCGAACGUAAAUUGCGCCAGAAAAGGGAGAAACAGCGAUUGGAAUUCGAACGAAGCUUGAAGUACCAUUGGGAGGACUGUACUCGUCAGUUGCGUUUGCAGCGCGAGCAUUAUCUGAUCAAGCUUAAGCAGCUGGAGAAGCUCAAGCAGCGCUCGUUGAAGGGGAAUCUAAAGCACGAGCUGAUGCAAAACGAUAUGGUCAGCAUACCGGUGGCCAAUAUGAACGGCGGCCUUAAGGCGGCCAGCAGCGGUUCCGGAGUUGGUGUAGUGACAUCCGGCGGCGUCGUAUCCUCGGCGGUGCUGGCCAAUGCCCCUCGUGUUUACCUGACGCCCUCCUCCACAUUCAUGACCAAUCGCCAAAUGGCGGGUGUGGCGACCACCGGAAGGAUGAGCGGACAAGUGGUCGGUGGUUCAUCCGGCACAGCCUCAGCCGCCGGUACCGUUCGCUAUUUUUCGCAAUUCAGCAAAGUGCAAACGGCCGGCGGACCCAGUUUGCAAAGGAAACUGGCCAACGGGGAUACCAUUGUGCUGGCAACCGGCAGCAAAAGUAUGUUCCUUACUAGCAGCGAUAAUAAGGCUAUUCUGCCGACCGUCGCCAGCAAUGGCAAUGGUCUGAUCACAGCCAAAAUGGAGCUAUUGGAGGAGGAGGUCAUGCAGUCGAUAACUGUGAUUGAUGACGAUGACGAGGAGAAAAAGGAAGUCGCUGAAGACGAGGAGAGCAGCAAUAAUGCCAAAUCAAUUGACGUUCAGCAGCCAAUGGCUGAUAAUGAGCCCGAGCUGGACAUUGUGAUAAACAAUGUGGUAUGCUCGUUUAGCGUCGGCUGCCACCUGAAGCUGCGCGAUAUUGCGCUGCAGGGAUCGAAUGUGGAGUACCGUCGCGAGAACGGAAUGGUGACAAUGAAGCUCCGCCAUCCAUACACCACUGCCUCGAUUUGGUCGUCGGGGAGGAUUACCUGCACUGGUGCCACUUCCGAGUCAAUGGCGAAGGUCGCAGCACGCCGCUAUGCCAGAUGCCUUGGCAAGCUGGGAUUUCCCACUCGUUUCCUCAACUUUCGCAUUGUCAACGUGCUGGGCACCUGCAGCAUGCCGUGGGCCAUCAAGAUCGUCAACUUCUCGGAGCGCCAUCGCGAGAACGCCAGCUACGAGCCCGAGCUGCAUCCUGGUGUGACUUACAAGAUGCGCGACCCCGAUCCAAAGGCCACCCUGAAGAUCUUCUCCACCGGCAGCGUAACAGUCACCGCGGCUAGCGUAAACCACGUUGAAUCGGCUAUCCAGCACAUAUACCCGCUGGUCUUCGAUUUCCGCAAGCAGCGUUCGGCGGAGGAGCUGCAGCAUCUGCGUCAAAAGCAGCGCCUGCAAGGCGGCGGUGAUCCCACUGAACCGGAGAAUCAGGUCUUGGCCGACAACAAGACUGCUUCCCUUGAUAACAUCUUUGUCAACACAACAGCGGCGCACUCUAAACCAUCAUCGAAUGACCAAACAUUAGCAUCCUCGGUAAUAUUGUCUAGCACAGUUGAUAGUAUGCCUCGUCUGAAACAAAUUGUCAACUAUCACCAGAUGAUGAAGACUACCCAGGAAGAGCGCCGCCAUAUAUCGAUUAAUGGGGAGAAAGUCGAUCCGGCCUCCACCUCAUCGGCGGCAGCAGCUCCAUCCACCUCCUCCUCAUCAUCCUCAACCGGGGAUAAUAUCUGUGCCAAUGCCCGUCGCCGGGCCACCGAAUGCUGGGCAACCAAGCUGCAGAAUAAGCGUCCGCGUUACAAUGAUCCCGGUACUACGGGCGCAAUUAACGCCGCUUCGUCCACAGCAUCAGCCGCCACAUCUUCGGUAGCCUCCCAGGCGGCACAUCUGGGUAAUCCUCUCAAGACGGCCGCAUUGGCCAAUGCUCGUAUGGUAGGCGCCAAGGUGACAACAUCCACACGCAACAGCAUAAUCGUGCAGCAGCCGCAACGUAUCCACAUGCAGCAGCAGCAUCAACAGGAGCAGCAACAACAGCAGUUUUCGCCCAGCGAGUUCGAUGUGGACGACUUGAUCGAGGAGGAGGAGAACAACGAAUUGGAUAUGCCCUUCUAAGCUAGCGCUGCCCGUGCCAAAAUAUUUUAACUAAAUCAAGGAUGAAACACUACAACGCAACACACGCCACACUCACACAAAUCCCCAUGAGCUUCUUUCCGAAUUUGUUGGUUAUUCGUUCGAGUCAUUUUUCAUCACAUUUAUUUAUGUGUGCUUGCCGCAUUUAAACCAAACUCGAGGAAACCCGGACACCGAAGCAAAAAGCACCCACAAAAGCACUUGAAUCCAAAGCGAAUCACCAGUUCCAGAAAUCACCAACGACAACAACAAACUAACAAAACACCGCAGCAACAACAAAAUAUCAAGAGCCAAAUAUUUAACAUAUAAGAUUUACGUUUAAACUACUUUGUAAGUCAAGCGAGCACACCAGAGAUAGCGAAUAGAUGAUUUCGAUCCCGACGUAUCCCAGAAACCUCAAUAACAUCUAGAUGGUAAGCAGAGAACUUACCACAAGGUAAAGUUAAGUUUAGACUUAAGGAAAAUACGAAAUCUGUGGAUUGCCUGGGGGAGUCGUCGCCACCAAUCAUCGCGAUUGCAAUCAUUUGUGGAGAAUGUAAGAACACCGCCAAAACAAAUACUGUAAAUCACACAUAUGCAGAACUAAUCACCUGGACAGGAAGAGGACGAUAGGAGCAAGGUGCCCGGGCGGAUCGGAUCUCGCAGCUUCCUAUCUUAAUAUCUGUUUUUUUUGGAAAGCUGAACUCCAAUUCAGUUCUGCCCAAGCAAGCAAACUACAAUUCUCAAGUAAAAACCCGUGGAGAGGAGGAGGAGGAUAGCUAUCAAUUAUCUGAAGAACAACUGAUUAAUUUCUUGUAUAUUUAUAGUAAUAUUUUUUUGUUUUCGCUCUAAGUCCUACAUAUUAAAUACUAUACAUAAGUGCUGCGUGUGGAGCCAAACAAACGAAACGAAAUGCGUUUGAAUACGAUUGUAAUAAUAUUAUUAUGCAUAUAUACAACACACACACACAAAUACCAAUAUCUGGUCACUUCUAACCAAUUAUAAAAAAAACUGGAAAAGCAGCAAGUAAUUAUGUAUGUUUUAAUUUGUGCUAGCAGUUUUUGUGUUGCGCAGAAACUCGAAUCGAAUUAAGAAAAAACUCCUGUAAGAUGAUAACAAAAAAAAAAAAAAAACAUUGUAAUAGGAUAGGCCAGAGGAGUCGAUUUAUGCGCGACUUAUCAACAAUAAGCUGAAACACAUAUAUAUAUUGUAAUGUUUUUUUUGUAUUUCGCUUAAGCGUAGAUUUACAAACUUGUUCCUGUGUUGUUAAAAUCAGAAAGUAAAUAUUUUAGUUAACUUAACGAAGCAUACGCAUACACAAACACACUCACACACACAUAUUAAACAAAAGCAUACGUAUACUUAUACAUAAUAUUAAGGCAUCCAAACAAACAACCAAACAAACGAACGAAUCAUAAGCAAUAAUAGAAUGUUUUCGUUGUAAAAAGAGGUAAAAAAUUAAAACAAAAACUAAAGAAAGAAAUACUCACGUUAAACAUAAAAUAACAAACUCUAGAUGUUUUGGCGUGCCUUCACCCAUAAAUAGGAAAACGAAAUGAGAUACGAUAGCCAAUUGUACAAUCAUUGAAGAAAUAGUACUUCCAGACCACAACAGAAUCCAAAAUCUUUGUACAUACGCAACCAAAAUUGAUGUUUUCCAAUUAAACGUGAAUUGCCCCAUUCGUACAAGUUCAAUUUUCAUUUGUGCUUAAAACAUGAAACCAACUUUCAUAUCGUUCAACUUAUGCAUAAUCAAAAUAGCUAAAACGAAAGUGAAAGGGAAAUUACAUAUUAUUAGUGAGAAAUAUCAACAUUUCUUUCGCUCGAUUUAUUUAUACAUAUUUUUGGUCUAAAGUUUUUAUUUUUUUGAUUAAUUUUUUUUUUUUUUUUUGUUUUUUUGAUGAUUUAAUUUGCAUAAACAAAAUCGAGAAAUGAAAAUGCCUUUAGGGAACAAAUAACUAGCGCGGAAAGGAAAGAGAUAGGUUUAAGUAUAAAAAGUGAAGGAUAUUGAACAGAUCGGAGCCGAAAUGUAUUUUUUGUGUAUGCGAAUAUGUGAAUAGGUCGACGAAGGCCGAAUAACGUGUUACAAUUGCAAAAUUAACUAGCCACUAAGCUUUAGUCUUAAGUUAGCUGACAAACUGAAUACUAAAUUGUAAGCAACAAUGCAUAUAUAGCGAUUAAGAAUGAAAAUGAAACAACAAAAAAAAAAAACAAAUCAAAUCUAAUGGAACCUAACGAGAACAUAAUUGUAAUUUAAGUGUAAAUAAAAUAGUUGUUAGCAAAUCACAAAACAAACGAAAGCAAGAAACCAACAAUAGUGUAAUGUCUUCACGUCUAACUGCCUUCGAAAGAUUCAAGAAUAAUUGAAAUUUAAGCAAGCCCACAUUUGAAUGCGAAGUAGUAUUCUCUUAAAACACGACUGCAAAUUGCUUCACUUCAACCUUGUACUUUCAACACAUUUUUUGUUAGAGCAACAACAGCAACCAAUAACCAACAAUUAACAAUUAACAGACGAACGGACAAAUUGACAAAUGGACAAAUGGACAAACGGACAAGCAAACGGACAGACAAACGGACAAAUAGAUCGAAAAGCCUAAAUAAGUGUAUUUGGUUUCAAGAACUUUGAAAAAGCAAAACUUAAUAUUAAUAUAGUAUACAGAUAUAUUUUUGAUUAUUAUGUAUUUAAUGAGAAAAACAAUGAAACGAUAAUGAUAAUGAUGCAAGUAUCGAUGAUAACUAAGUGAAAACAAAUUGAGAAAUCAAAUAGCAUAAUUCUGUUUUUGUUUUGCCGUAAAGACUGCAUUAUACCAACAAUUAAUUAUAUACAAACAUAAUAAAUAAAUAACUGAUAAAUGGGGCGAUUAAGCUUUGCACUAAGCAGAGAACAAAACGGAUGGAUAAACAUUUAAAGGAAGCAUACAACAAAACAAAAAAAAAAAAAAA